AUGAAGGGAAUCAAUGAGAAGAAGGUUAAUGGAGUAUCAGAUUGGUACAAUGUUCUUGGUGUGGACCCCACAGCUGAUGCUGAAGCUAUUAGAAGGAGGUACAGAAAACUAGCUCUCUCUCUUCACCCUGACAAAAGCAAAUCCAUUGGAGCUGAAGGUGCUUUUAAGCUUGUAUCUGAAGCAUGGACGAUAUUGGCUGAUAAAGCUAGAAAGAAAACAUAUGACCAAAAACGAAACCCUAAACCAAUUUACCAAAAAGUUUCCACCUCUACCCUUCCACCCACCACAUUUUGGACUUCAUCAAUAUCACCCCCACCUGCAAAUCUUCAUCAAAUGUGGCAUCCUCCUCAACACAAGAACCUCAAUGCAAAUGCAAAUCAUCAGCUGAAUAAUCUUGGUGGAAAAUUUAAAAGACAACAUGAAGUGGGAUAUCAGAGUCCAAAUUCAGUUAAAAUCGAUGGAAUUGCAAAAAAGAGACGUGUAGCUGAACAGUCAAACAUGGAACGUGAAAAAGUCAACCUUUCUACAGUCAACAAACCUAAGAAUAGUGUGAGAGAAUUGUCAUCUACAGAACUUCGUACCAUUGUGAUGUCAAAAGCCAGGAAGAAAUCAACAAGAAAUUGGACGAGUGGAAUGCAGAAAUAG